AUGGAGAAGGCAAAGGGGGUAAUUGCGUCAUAUUACGGCCUAGCCGGCAUGACUGGUGAGCUAGCAAAAGCCCGUGUCGAUUACCUCCUGACAGAUAACCUGUUUAAUUGUCAUCCCGAUCAUUACGAUCCCGCUCAAUGGCACUUCGCCGCACCUCAAAUACCGCGGUUUAUCGUCUACGCCUACUGUAAGACCAAUCGUGAGAUUGGCGUCAACUAUCCGGAAUGCGAGAGUUGUAUCAACCCGUCUUUUAUCUGCCUGGUUUCUACUAUACUAUACCAAGCACUGAGUGUCCACGUAAUUGGAGCCAGCAACUGGAAGAAUGGUGUCUUCAAUAAGGAUUAUUGCGGCGUGAUUUUUGAGACACACAUUCACACACGGAGGAAGUCCUUCCCCGAUGAGGAGAUAUCAAAUCUAGUGCUAGACGGGAUUCGACAUGAACUCUUGAAGCAGAUCAAGAGAACUCAGUGCUGCAGCAUUACCGCAGCGGAGAGCAAGGGGGCAAUUAUUGACCCUGGAGUAGGAAGCGUUUUGGCCGGUCUCCGAGCGAAGCUCAGUACGGAAACUAAUGACGAUUCGGAGUUCGAGGAGCCAGAUAACCAGCCAUUUGAUGACGAUUAUGGGGAGGAUGGUAGCGGUAGGGUCGUUUGA